CCGUUCCUCUCCUUUGUACCCGAACGUAUCGUUGCGCUACACAUAAAUUUAUCGAUCGACGUCCACUACCAACCAUCUUUCUCUUCAAUACAAACUCGCCCAACAUGUCGUAUCUUCUCUACUCGAUCUCCUUCUUCGCCCUCGUCCUCGGCACAGUUCUCUUCUUCACCCGCGCCCACUGGAUCCCCCACGUUCAACAUCUGCGACCCAGAGUCCCUGGCGCAGACUACAUCUACUCGCGACUCCCGAACAGUUUCGCCGGCGAUAUCGAGGCCGGUCUUUCCAGCAAUACAUUUGAUCUCUCUGGAAAUGUCGAGUCAGGCGAUUCGCGCGCUGGUCUUGACGAUGCGGCAAAGGCUGAGGUUCUCGCUAUCAUGAAGAAGAGAAGGAUGAACUUUGACCAGGCGAGGAAGGUCUACAUGGAGAACCGAUUCAAGGCCAAUGGUAUUGGCGCUGAUGGAUUACCGAGAGAUCCGAAGUUCGUGAGUUUCUCAUAAGAGUUGCGUGAACAUGCGAAGUACCCGACGAGCAACGUAGCCCAUUACGACGAUAUUCGACUCCGAACUCGACUCCCCAAUUAUUAUUACUAUUCCUACUCUACAAAGUUCGAUGCUUCCGACAUCAUUCAGAAACUACACCACGUCAAAGCGAUAGAUUGCUUG